GCACAGUCUCCCUGGACUUUAGGCUGUCUCUCUGCUCUGUCCAGUCUCUCUCACACCCGGAGGUGGAGUCGCUAACACUCUCCAGAAGCUGAGGAGGGGGAGACGUAGAGGGAGGACGGCUAGGAAAAAACUGUCUGCCCAUUUUCAGGAUCUGCAGCGAUUACUGCAGACGCUUCUCCCUGUGGAGACCUUCAUCCAGGGAGAUCAGCCGGCAGCUCGCUGCCACCGACACAAGGAACUUCCUGCUGCUUAUUUAUUCGCUCUUUUUGUGCUGGUUUUUAUACUUUUUUUUUUUUUUCUGGUGCAGACUGCACUUUUCUCUUCUGCACUUGUACUGAGCCUAAAUAACCAAGAUGGUGGCUGGGAUGCUGAUGCCACGUGACCGUCUGCGAGCGAUCUAUGAGAUACUUUUCCGUGAUGGAGUCAUGGUGGCUAAGAACGACGAGAGGCCGCAGAGUCGCCAUGCCGAGGUUCCCGGGGUCACAAACCUGCAGGUAACCAAAGCAAUGGGCUCUCUGAAAUCUCGUGGAUUCGUCAGGGAUACCUUCGCAUGGAAGCAUUGUUACUGGUACCUUACCAAUGAGGGCAUCGCCUAUCUGCGCCAAUACCUACAUCUUCCUCCCGAAAUUGUGCCUGCAUCUCUACAGAGGGUAAGACGUCCCAUUGCCCCCCCAGGAUUACCCCGGAAGACACCUGCUGCAAAUGUCCAAGCAGUCCGUGGCCCCACAUCAUAUGUUCCAAAACCCCAGGCCGAUGUUGAGAGGCAAGAGUAUCGCAGGAGAGAGGAAACCUUGCCCCCGAGAGGUCAGGACACCAUGCAUGGCUCCACCAAGUCCCACGUGCUCGAGAACAGCUGUCAAGGAGGUGGGUGGCAGAGAUGGGAGGAAAAAGAUGACCAGGCCAGUAAUAAGAAGGGAACAAGUUCUACCAAUGUAGAGGAGAAAUGGGGGACCAAGCAAACUCAGAGGAGGGAAGAGAUUAGGAAGAGACAUGUGGGAGAGCCAGAGAGAGCAGAGUACGAGAAGAGGGGACAUUUAGGAACAUCUUCCUCUGAAAGCUGGGCAGAUGAGAUGUUCCGAGGGACCCAAGGGCUCAGAAAGGGAGACAUUUCCAGGAGACACACAGUGACAGAAAAUGCUGAGUUAGUGACUUCUCCAGGUUCAGUCUUCUCCUUCGGUGAGAGGCAGGAUCUGAAAAAGGAGGAGAAUGUGAGGAGAGAGGGUAAACUAGAAUCCAACGAGACUGUCAACAGGUCAGGCCUCAUGUCAGAGACCCUAAAUGCUACUAAAUGGUCCAGCUCCAAAGUGGUCCAAAAAUCUGAAGAGUCCAAAGCGGUCAUUAUAGAGAAAAAUAUGGAGGUCCAUGUAGUGUCCUCUGUAGUAUCCAUUCAUAAAAGUCUAGAGGUCAAUGCCCAAGAGAAGGUAGUAAAGCCAGAGAUUAGGGAGAGGGCUGCAGUACAAGAGCAGGUAUUGGGCCAGGAGAAGAACAAAGCACAAGUAAUAAAACCAACCAAAGAAAAUGGAAAGGAGAAAGAGACAGCGGAGAUAGUGAAGGCCUCAGGUUUAGCUGUGUCUGCCUCUGUCAAGACAAGCGUAGAGGCCACACAAGAGGUUAAACAGCAGGGAAGGCAUAGCAUUUCAGCUGAAAAGUACUUGGAAGAUAAAGCAGUGAGUCAAACCCAUGUGCUGUCAGCCUCCAAACCUGCAGCAGAGCAGGAAAGCGAGAAGUUGCAAAGCAAAAAGCAGAAGCAUCAAAAGGAGGAGGAGUUUAAGGUCACUGCUGGUCCAAUGACUGCAGAACUAGAGCCUCCAAAAACAGAGACCAAGGUAGAAGAGAAAAGGGGCCAAAGGAAGAAAGGUCAGGAAAAGGCAGGAAAAGAAAGGGCUGAUGAUGACCAGAAUAGCUUGACUACAGAAGCCAAAAAGGCCCAAAAAACGAGUGUUAGUGAAGGAGUAAAAAGUGAAGCAAAGAAAGGGGUAGAGGUCACACCUGAGGUGACUCCAAAGAGCGAGUCUCCAAAAGCUAAACAAGGGAAAUCUAAAAAGGAAGCAAAAACAGAAAAAGCUUGUGAGGGUGCAGGAGGACAAGGUGGGCUUACUCAGGGUCCCUCACAUUUAAUGGAUGCUAGAGAGGACAAACUAAAGACCAAAUCAGAGAGUCAGAAUCUAAAGGAUGAGGGCCCAGUGGAAGUGAGUGUCACCAGUACACCUGUCCAGGUUAAGACAGAACAGGAGGUCACUCAGGAGAAGGAUAAGAAGGGAUCCAAGGGUAAAAGUAAGAAGGCCAAAAAAGAGACUGUAGAGUCACCAAAGACAGAUGUCCAGGACAUCUCUGCCACCCACCCACUGAAGAAAGAGGUGAAAAAUAAACUAUUCUCUCAAGAAAAUGUUCAGAGUGAGACUAAACUGGAGCCUAAUGUAGAGAAUAUCAGUAAAAAUUCUCUUGCUGAAGAUCUGGUCUCUUCUCUGGGGACCACCAGCCAUGUACUUGUGGAUGAAAUACAAGGGAUUCACAAGGAAGCAGAUACCUCAGUCCAUAAGAACACUCAGGACCUGCUCAUUGAGGUAAAAAAUUUGACUAAUCAAAAUCAUUCAUCUUUGGAGGAUUCCGGGAAGAAGCAUCUAGAGUCCAAAAAACAGGAUGAGAAAAUGGUCCAGAAAGAAGAUGUACACCAGAAAGUGUCUGUAUCGAUGACUUAUUCUAAGACCAUUGAACAAGAAGUCCCGUAUCAGGAGUCCAAGGACUCCAAAACUGGCACCACCACAGGUGAGCAGAUACAAGUUAGUGAUGGAAAGCAAACCAAAGCUGCUAAUAAAGACUUGCAUGCUGUGAUUACUCAAGAAUCUGAUAUGAAGGAUAUUCUUGCUGCAACAGAAAGGGCUAAUGUGCCCAAGAAAACUCAAAAAUCCAAAGUGGAGGAACUCCAUACUGUAAAGGAGACUGUAACCCUUACCCAGAAACCUUCAGAAUCCAAGGAAGAUACCAAGACUGUAAAGGAAACGGUCAGCCUUACCCAGAAACCUCUACAAUCCAAGGAAGAAGCCAAGAAAGUAACUGAAAUAGGCAGCAUUAACCAGAAAUCUUCAGUAUCCAAGGAAGAGGUGAAGACGGUAAAGGAAACAGCCAUCCUUACCCAGAAACCUCUAGAAUCUAAGAAAGAGGUUAAGAUUGCAAAGGAAACUGUCACCAUUACCCAGAAAUCACCAGAAUCUAAGGAAGUGGCCAAGACUACAAAGGAAGAAGUCACCCUUGUCCACAAACCUCCAGAAUCCAUAGAAGAAGUAAAGACUGGAAUAGACACUGUUGCCCUUAACCAGAAAACUCCAGAAUAUAAGAAAGAGGUCAAGACUACAAAGGAAACUGUCACCCUUACCCAGAACCCUCUAGAAUCCAAGGAAGAGGUCAAGACAGUUAAGGAAACAGUCACCCUUACCCAAAAUACUUCAGAAUCCAAGGUGGAGCAACUCCAGACUGUAAAGGCAACAACAGUCACCCUUACCCAAAAUACUUCAGAAUCCAAGGUGGAGCAACUCCAGACUGUAAAGGCAACAACAGUCACCCUUAUCCCAAAACCAAAACCUGCAGAAUCUAAGGAGGAUGUCAAGACUGUAAAGGAAACUGACACUCUUACCCAAAGAACUCCAGAAUCCAAGGUGGAAAAACUCCAAUCUGUAAAGGAAAUGGUUACCCUCUCCCAAAAAACUCCAGAAUCCAAGGUGGAAAAACUCCAGACUGUAAAGGAAAUGGUUACCCUCUCCCAAAAAACUCCAGAAUCCAAGGUAGACAAACUUCAGACUGUAAAGGAAACAGUGACCUUUACCCAGAAACCUCUAGAAUCCAAGGAAGGAGUCAAGACUGUAAAGGAAACAGUCACUCUAACUGAAAGUUCACUAGAGUCCAAGGUGGAGAAACUUCAAACUGUAUCUAGAUCAGUGACACUUACCCAAAUAUCUUCAGAAUCCAAAGUGAAUGUUGUAACUUUUACCCAAGAACCUCUAGAAUCUAAGGUGGAGGGGCUUCAAACUGCAUCAGAAACUGUCAUUCUUACCCAGAAAGCACCAAAGUCUAAAGUGGAGGAACAGGAAGCUCGAUCUGAGCCUCCAGAACCUGACUGUUCUCCACUUCCUGCGGAAGGUUCAGAAUCUACCCCUGAAGAAGAUGAACGGGAUCGGGUGCAGAAGAAGACAUUUACCAAAUGGGUGAACAAGCAUCUUAUAAAGCACUGGAGAGGAGAGGCUCAUCGUCACGUGAAUGAUCUGUAUGAAGACCUCCGAGAUGGACACAACCUCAUCUCUCUCCUGGAAGUUCUGUCUGGGGAGACCCUGCCCCGCGAGAAAGGCCGCAUGCGCUUCCACAAGCUGCAGAACGUUCAGAUUGCUCUGGAUUUCCUGAAGCUGCGACAGGUGAAGCUGGUGAAUAUCCGGAACGAUGACAUCGCGGACGGGAACCCCAAGCUGACGCUAGGCCUGAUCUGGACCAUCAUCCUUCACUUCCAGAUCUCGGACAUCCAGGUCAGCGGUCAGUCCGAGGACAUGACGGCCAAAGAGAAGCUUCUCCUGUGGUCGCAGCGGAUGACGGAGGGCUACCAGGGGCUGCGCUGCGACAACUUCACCAGCAGCUGGCGGGACGGGCGGCUCUUCAACGCCGUCAUCCACCGACACAAGCCAAUGCUGAUAGACAUGAACCGGGUCUAUCGUCAGACCAACAUCGAGAACCUGGACCAGGCGUUCACCGUGGCAGAGCGGGACCUGGGAGUCACCAGGCUGCUGGACCCUGAGGAUGUGGACGUCCCACAGCCUGAUGAGAAAUCCAUCAUCACCUAUGUGUCCUCCUUGUAUGAUGCCAUGCCGCGGGUCCCUGACGUGCAGGAUGGAGUUAGAGCCAAUGAACUGGAGCUGAGGUGGCACGAAUACUACGAGAGGGUGACCAUGCUGCUCCAGUGGGUCAGACACUACACCGUCAUCUUCGAGGAGAAGAGAUUCCCGGCCAGCUACGAAGAGAUCGAGAUUUUGUGGCGUCAGUUCCUGAAAUUUAAAGAGACAGACCUUCCUAACAAAGAGGCCGACAAGAACCAGUCCAGAUUUCAGUACCAGUCUCUGGAGGGUGCAGUUAAAUCUGGGCAGCUGAAGGUGCCCCCCGGAUACCACCCCCUGGACGUAGAGAAGGAGUGGGGGAAGCUACACGUGUCCAUCCUGGAGAGGGAGAAGCUGCUGCGCAUCGAGCUGGAGCGGUUGGAACGUCUGCAGAGAACUGUCAGCAAGCUGCAGAUGGAGUCCGGACUGUGUGAGGAGCAGCUGAACCAGGCGGACGCCUUACUGCAGACGAAUAUCCGCCUCCUGAAUGCUGGGAAGCCGCUACAGCGGGCAGGAGACAUCGAGCGGGACCUGGACAAGGCCGACACCAUGAUACGGGUUCUGUUCAAUGACGUGCAGGCUCUUAAAGAUGGACGCCAUCCUCAGGGCGAGCAGAUGUAUCGCAGAGUCUACCGCCUCCAUGAGCGGCUGGUCGCCAUACGCACAGAGUACAAUCUGCGGAUAAAGUCGGGGGCCACUCAGGUCGUCACCCACGUAACUCAAGUGAGCCAGCAGGCCUCACGGCCGGAGGUGGAUGAGGUCACCCGGCGCUACCUCCAGGACCUGCUCGGCUGGGUGGAAGAGAACCAGAAACGGAUCAAUGCCGCAGAGUGGGGCUCCGACCUCCCCAGCGUGGAGUCCCAACUGGGCAGCCACCGCGGCCUCCAUCAGUCCAUUAAUGAGUUCCGGUCCAAGAUUGAACGAGCGCGGGCCGACGAGGCUCAGAUGUCAGGGACUCGUGGAACCUACCAGGAAUAUCUGGGGAAACUGGAUCUACAGUACGCCAAGCUGCUGAACUCCUCCAAGGCCAGACUGCGACACCUGGAGAGCCUCCACGCAUUCGUGCUCGCCGCAACCAAAGAGCUCAUGUGGCUGAACGACAAGGAGGAGGAAGAAGUCAACUUCGACUGGAGCGAGCGCAACACCAACAUGGCGAGCAAAAAGGACAACUACUCGGGAUUGAUGCGGGAGCUUGAACUGAAGGAAAGGAAGAUAAAGGAAAUCCAGAACACUGGUGACCGUCUCCUCCGUGAGGACCACCCUGGUAAAACCACAGUGGAGGCGUUCCAGGCAGCUCUGCAGACUCAGUGGAGUUGGAUGCUUCAGCUUUGCUGCUGCAUUGAGGCUCACCUGAAGGAGAACACGGCUUACUUCCAGUUUUUUACUGAUGUAAAGGAGGCUGAGGAUCAUCUCAAGAAGAUUCAGGACACCAUGCGCAGGAAGUACACAUGUGACCGAUCCAUCACCGCGACCCGGCUGGAGGACCUGGUCCAGGACAGCAUCAAUGAAAAGGAGCAGCUGGCGGAGUACAAGGGUCAAAUCUCUGGCCUCGCCAAGCGGGCGAAGGCCAUAGUGCAGCUGAAACCUCGCAGUCCAGCCAACCCUCCAAAAGGGCAGCAACCCGUUCAGACCGUGUGUGACUACAAGCAGAUGGAGAUCACCAUACAUAAAGGAGAUGAGUGUCUGCUGGUCAACAACUCUCAGCCGUACAAGUGGAAGGUGCAGAACUCUGCGGGGAGCGAUGCCGUGGUGCCGUCCGUCUGCUUCAUCGUCCCUCCACCCAACAAAGAGGCGCUGGACGCUGUCAGCAGACUCCAGAGCGGCCACCAGAACCUGCUCACCCAGUGGCAGAGGAUGCACAUCGACCUGAAGAGCCUGCUGUCCUACCAGUACCUGCAGCGCGACAUUCAGCUCAUCCAGUCCUGGACUCUCGUCACGUUCCGCAGUACGACCUCCGAGGAGUAUAAGCUGAUCCUCAGAAGCCUGGAGACACAUUACCAGGACUUUAUGCGGGACAGCCAGGACUCCCAGAACUUCCAUCCGGACGACCGCAUGAAAAUCGAGAUGGAGUACAACUCCUGCAACCAGAAGUACGAGACUCUGCUGCGCAGCAUAGAGCGAGGGGAGCAGGACGAGAGUGCGUGUAAGAACUACAUCUCCCAGCUGAAGAACAUCCAGCUCCAGCUAGAAGGCUGCGAGGCUCGCACCGUCAGCAAGAUCCGCAGCCCCCUGGACAAAGAUCCCAUCAGAGAGUGUUCCCAGAGGAUCGGAGACCAGCAGCAAAUUCAUUUUGAACUGGAGACUAUUCAGAAGAACCUGGACAAGGUGAGCGAGAAGACCCGGAAGAUUCUGACCCAGCCCGACACAGGAGCCUCCGCGCCCGUCCUGAAAUCGGAACACGAAAUAACCCUGCAGAAGAUGGACCAAGUCUACAGCCUGUCCUCCAUAUACCUGGAUAAGCUGAAGACAAUAAACUUGGUGAUCCGAAACACAUACGGAGCCGAGGAAGUGGUGAAGACCUAUGAAGAUCAGCUGAAGGACGUUCACACUGUGCCUGCUGAUCUGAAGGAGCUGGAGAACAGCAAGACUGACCUGAAGAGGAUGCGUGGACAGGUGGAGGGUCACCAGCCUCUCUUCAGUGGUCUGGAGAGCGAUCUCGGGAAGGCUCGUGAGGUGAGUGAGAAGAUGCUGCGCGCGCACAGCGAGCGGGACGUGGACCUGGACAGAUACAAGGAGAAGGUGCAGCAGCUGCUGGAGCGCUGGCAGGCCAUCGUCCUACAGAUAGACCUCAGGCAGCGAGAGCUGGAGCAGCUGGGCAAACAGCUCCGCUACUACCGGGAGAGCUACGAGUGGCUGAUCCGAUGGAUCCAGGAUGCCAGGCAGCGCCAGGAUAAGAUCCAGUCCGUACACAUCACCGACAGCAGAACCGUCAAAGAGCAACUCCUGCAGGAAAAGAAACUGCUGGAGGAAAGUGAGAAGAACCGCGUGAAAGUGGACGAAUGCCAGAAAUACGCCAAGCAGUACAUCGACGCCAUCAAGGACUUUGAGCUCCAGCUGGUGACCUUCAAAGCUCAGGUGGAGCCUGUGGCAUCUCCGGUCAAGAAGCCCAAAGUGCAGUCUACAUCUGACAACAUCAUCCAAGAGUAUGUCGACCUCCGCACCAAGUACAGUGAACUCACCACCUUGACCGGCCAGUAUAUCAAAUUCAUCACCGAGACACUGCGCCGCCUGGAGGAAGAGGAGAGAGCGUCGGAGAAGAUGAAAGAAGAAGAGAGGAAGAAGCUGGCAGAGGUAGAAGCCCAGCUUGAGAAGCAGAUGCAGUUAGCUGAGGCACACGCUCAGGCCAAAGCCCUGGCAGAAAAAGAGGCCUCAGCGCUGCGACUGAACAUGCAAGAAGAGGUCACCAAAAGGGAGGUUGUUGCUGUAGAUGCCGAGCAACAGAAGAAGAACAUUCAGCAGGAGCUGCAUCAAAUGAAGCAAAUCUCAGAAGCUGAGAUCAAGGCCAAGGUCAAACUUAUCGACGAUGCUGAGUACAACCGCAAAAAGGUAGAGGAGGAGAUCAGGAUCAUCCGACUGCAGCUGGAAACCAGCCAGAAGCAAAAGUCAGGUGCUGAAGAUGAGCUGAAGGCACUGAGGGCCCGAGCAGAGGAGGCAGAGAGGCAGAAGAAACUUGCUCAGGAAGAGGCUGAACGUUUGCGAAAACAAGUGAAGGAUGAGGCCCAGAAGAAGCGGGAAGCAGAAGACGAGCUACAGCGCAAGAUUCAGGCCGAGAAAGAUGCAGCCAGAGAGAAACAAAAAGCUCUAGAUGACCUGGAGAAAUUGAGGCUCCAAGCUGAGGAGGCCGAGAGACGGAUGAAACAAGCUGAACUGGAGAAAGAGAGACAGAUCAGACAGGCUCAUGACAUGGCCCAACAAAGCGCUGAUGCAGAGCUACAGAGCAAACGCAUGUCAUUCCUGGAGAAGACCACCCAACUGGAAAUGUCCCUGCAACAGGAGCAUAUCACUGUGACCCAUCUGCAAGAAGAAGCUGAACGUCUGAAGAAGCAGCAGUUAGAGGCUGAAAAUGCAAGGGAAGAAGCUGAGCGAGAGUUAGAAAAAUGGAGGCAGAAAGCCAAUGAAGCUCUGAGGCUAAGGCUCCAGGCAGAAGAAAUAGCUCAUAAGAAAACCUUAGCACAAGAAGAAGCUGAGAAACAGAAGGAAGAUGCAGAGAGAGAGGCCCGCAAGAGAGCUAAAGCUGAGGAAUCUGCUCUACGCCAAAAGGGACUGGCAGAGGAAGAGCUGGAUAAGCAAAGAAAGUUGGCUGAAGAUACAGCUUCCCACAAACUCUCUGCCGAACAAGAACUGAUCCGACUGAAGGCAGAGGUGGAAAAUGGUGAACAGCAACGCAUUGUCCUAGAGGAGGAUCUCUUUCGCCUCAAGAAUGAAGUCAGUGAAGCAAUCCAGAAAAGAAGAGGACUUGAGGAAGAACUUGCCAAGGUGCGUGCUGAGAUGGAGAUCCUCUUGAAGGCCAAAUCCAAAACAGAAGAAGAGUCUCGCUCUGCAUCUGAAAAAUCUAAGCAGAUGUUAGAAGAAGAAGCAAAUAAGUUGAGAGAACUUGCAGAAGAAGCUGCCCGGUUACGCGCUCUCUCAGAAGAGGCCAAGAGGCAAAGACAAUUAGCUGAAGAAGAAGCCACUCGACAGAGAGCAGAAGCAGAAAGGAUCCUGAAAGAAAAGCUGGCUGCUAUCAAUGAGGCCACACGGUUAAAGACAGAGGCUGAGAUUGCCUUGAAGGAGAAGGAAGCGGAGAAUGAGCGCCUCAGAAGAUUAGCAGAAGACGAAGCUUAUCAGCGAAAACUAUUAGAAGAGCAAGCCACUCAACACAAGCAAGAUAUUGAGGAGAAAAUCCUGCUGCUUAAACAAUCCUCUGAGAGCGAGUUGGAAAGGCAAAAGAAUAUUGUGGAUGAGACCUUGAAGCACAGAAGAGUUAUUGAAGAAGAGAUACGAAUUCUGAAAAUAAAUUUCGAGAAGGCCUCUGCUGGAAAAUCCGACCUGGAGCUAGAACUUCAAAAACUGAAAAACAUUGCAGAUGAAACACAAAAAAGCAAGGAAAAAGCAGAGCAAGAAGCAGAAACGCAAAGGCAUCUAGCUCUAGAGGAGGAGGCUAGACGCAAAGAAGCUGAAGAGAAGGUCAGGAAGAUUGUUGCAGCAGAACAGGAGGCAGCAAGACAGAGGAAAUUAGCCUUAGAAGAAGUUGAGAAACUGAAAGCCAAGGCUGAAGAAGCCAGGAAACAAAAAGAGCUCGCUGAGAAAGAAGCUGAAAGGCAAAUCGAACUUGCUCGAGAAGCUGCCAGAAACAAAAUUGAUGCAGAAGAAAAAGCACAUAUGGCUGUUGUGCAACAGAAAGAACAGGAAUUGAAGCAGACAAGAAUUCAUGAGCAGAGCAUCCUCGAUAAGCUGAGAGAAGAAGCUGAGAAGGCCAAACGGGCAGCUGAAGAAGCCGAGCGAGCAAAGAUCAAGGCUGAACAUGAAGCCGCACUCUCACGCCAGCAGGUAGAGGAAGCGGAGCGCCUGAAGCAAAAGGCAGAGGAAGAAGCCCAAGUUAAGGGCCAAGCCCAGGAAGAUGCAGAAAAGAUCCGCAAAGAGGCAGAACUAGAAGCAGCUAAGAGAGGCCAGGCCGAGCAGGCAGCCCUCAAACUCAAACAAAUGGCAGAUGCUGAAAUGGAGAAGCAUAAGAAAUUUGCCGAAAAAACUGUUAGACAGAAGGAGCAGGUAGAAGGUGAACUCACUAAAGUCAAACUCCAACUGGAGGAAACAGAUCACCAGAAAACCAUUCUAGAUGACGAGUUGGGACGUCUCAAAGAAGAAGUGACUGACUCCUUAAGGCAAAAGAAACUGGUGGAAGACGAAUUGUUCAAGGUUAAAAUACAAAUGGAAGAGUUGUUGAAACUGAAAAUUCGUAUUGAAGAGGAAAACAAGAUGCUUAUAACAAAAGACAAAGACUACACACAGAAAUUCCUGGCUGAGGAGACCGAGAAGAUGAGGCAAGUAGCAGAAGAGGCUGCCCGUCUGAGUGUUGAGGCCCAGGAGGCUGCACGUUUAAGGAAGAUUGCAGAGGACAACUUGAAUGAACAGCGAGCCUUAGCUGAAAAGAUGCUGAAGGAGAAAAUGCAAGCGGUUCAGGAAGCCACACGUCUGAAAGCAGAAGCGGAGAUGCUGCAGAAACAGAAGGAGCUGGCCAUGGAGCAAGCUAAAAAACUUCAAGAAGACAAGGAGCAGAUGGAGCAGCAACUUGCCCAGGAGACAGAGGGCUUCCAAAAGACUCUGGAAGCCGAACGUCGACGACAACUCGACAUAAGUGCUGAUGCCGAACGCCUUAAAAUACAAGUGGUUGAAAUGAGCAAAUCCCAAGCCAAAGCCGAAGAAGAUGCCAAAAAGUUCAGAAAACAGGCAGAAGAAAUCAGUGAGAGGCUACACCAAACAGAACUAUCGACCAAAGAGAAGAUGACCGUGGUUCAUACCCUUGAAAUACAGAGACAGCAAAGUGAUAAGGAGGCAGAAGAUCUGAGAAAAGCCAUUGCUGAACUAGAGAAGGAGAAGGAGAAGCUCAAAAAGGAGGCAGAGCUGCUGCAGAGGAAGUCAGAAGAGAUGGAGAUCGCUCAGAGAGAACAGCUACGUCAGGAAACCCAGACCCUCCAGAGCACGUUCCUGUCUGAGAAGCAAAUAUUGAUCCAAAAGGAAAAGUAUAUUGAAGAAGAGAAGGCCAAACUAGAGAAACUCUUCGAUCAAGAGGUCAACAAAGCCCAAAACCUGAAAGCUGAGAAAGAGCGUCGGCUGCAGCAGCUGGAGGAAGAGAAGAGACUUCUUCAGAUUACCAUGGAUGAUGCUGUUAAAAGGCAGCUUGAGGCAGAGGACAAGGUGCGGCAGAAACAAGACGAGCUGCAGCUUCUGGAUAAGAAGAGGCUCGAACAAGAGAAGCUGCUGGAGGAAGAAAACCGAAAACUGAGGGAAAGACUAGAACAGCUGGAACAAGAACAUAGAAUAGCUUUGGAGAAAACAAAGGAGAUCUUGAUCCACAAAGAAACCAUCAUUACCCAGACCAGAGCCGUGCCAAAUGGAAGAGAUUCAGUUGAUGGGUCCAUUGAAAAUGAUGAACAAGAAAAUGCAUUUGAUGGCUUAAGGCAGAAAGUAUCUGCCAACAAACUGUAUGAGGCUGGUAUACUGACCAAAGACCUGCUGGAUAAACUGUCCAAUAAGCAAGUAUCCGUAGAUGACCUCUCUCAGCGCGAAGACAUAAAAAAAUACCUCCAAGGGAAGAGCAGCAUUGCAGGGCUACUACUCAAACCUAGCAAUGAAAAGAUAAGCAUCUACAACGCCAUGAAGAAGAAACUGGUCACCCCAGGCACUGCACUCAUCCUGUUGGAAGCCCAGGCUGCCUCCGGCUACAUCAUUGACCCAGUGAGGAACAAGAAACUGACGGUCAGCGAGGCAGUGAAAGAAAACGUUAUUGGCCCAGAAAUACACAGCAAGAUGUUGUCUGCAGAGCGGGCCAUCGCCGGUUACAAGGAUCCUUACACUGGAGAGAAAAUAUCACUCUUCCAAGCUAUGAAGAAAGACUUAAUAGUGAAGGACCAUGGAAUACGACUGCUGGAAGCCCAGAUUGCCACUGGUGGAAUCGUAGACCCAGUCAAUAGUCACCGUCUCCCUCUGGACGUUGCCUAUAAACGAGGUUACUUUGAUGAAGACAUGAGCAAGGUCUUAUCUGAUCCCACAGACGACACGAAGGGCUUCUUUGACCCUAACACACAGGAGAAUCUCACCUAUUUGCAGCUUAUGGAUAGAUGUGUGAUAGACCCAGAGACAAAGCUGUGUCUUUUGCCACUAACUGACAAAGCUGGGAAAGGAGAACUGGUCUACACAGAUUCAGAAGCCAAAGACGUGUUAAAGAAGGCCACAGUUUCUGUCCCAUUUGGCAAAUUCCAAGGAAAAAGUGUCACCAUAUGGGAAAUUAUUAAUUCUGAAUAUUUCACUGAAGAGCAGAGGCGUGAGUUACUAAGACAAUAUAAAACUGGCAAAAUCACUGUGGAAAAAAUUAUCAGAAUCAUAAUCACUGUGGUAGAAGAAAACGAAAAGAAAAAGCAGAUGUGCUUUGAUGGUAUAAGGAGCCCCGUCCCAGCAGCAGAACUCGUGGACAGCAAGAUCAUAGAUAAUGACCUGUUCAACCAGCUCCACCAAGGCAAAAAGUCUGUAAAGGAGGUUUCUGAGGUGGAGUCUGUGAAAAGAUAUUUGACUGGAAGCACUGCCAUAUCUGGAGUCCAGGUGGAGAAAUCGGGUGAGAAACUGAGCUUCUAUGAAGCUAUAAGGAAGAACCUUUUAAAGCCAGCCACCGCGCUCAACCUGCUGGAAGCUCAAGCUGGUACGGGCUUCAUCAUCGACCCUGUAAAGAAUGAACUACUCCCAGUAGACGAGGCUGUUAAGGCUGCAAUAGUUGGCCCAGAAUACCAUGAAAAGUUGCUGUCUGCAGAAAAAGCUGUCACGGGCUACAAGGAUCCUUACACCGGGCAGACCCUGUCCUUGUUCCAGGCUCUGAAGAAGGGGCUCAUACCGAAGGACAGCGGAAUUAGACUCUUAGAUGCACAAUUGGCAACAGGUGGCAUAAUUGAUCCAGUAAACAGCCACCGGCUCCCACUGGAGAUUGCUUACAAGAGAGGUCACCUGGAUGAAGAGACAACUAAAAUUCUGUCCGAGCCAGUGGAUGAAAACACAGGUUUCUAUGAUCCAAACAGUCAGGAAAACCUUUCCUAUGCACAAUUGCAGAAGAAAUGCAAGGUGGACAAGAAAACAGGUCACUUGUUACUACCCCUGUCCGAACAGGCCAUACAGUCCCAACAAGAAGAGAUUUACACCGACUCUCAAGCCAAAGAAGCCUUUGAUAAAUCAACAGUUGAAGUCCCUGUUGGCAGCUUUAAAGGAAAGACAAUUACUCUGUGGGAAUUGAUCCAUUCAGAAUACUUCACAGAAGAGCAAAGAAGAGAGCUCCUCCGUCAGUAUAAGACUGGAAAAGUCACCAUCGAGAAAAUAAUCAAAAUUAUGAUUACCAUUGUGGAAGAAACCGAGACCAAGAGACAACAGCGCCUCACAUUCACCGGCCUCCGGGCUCCAGUUCCUGCUAAUGAACUUCUGGAGGCCAAUGUUAUAGAUAAAACCCAGUUUGAGCAACUAAAGGAAGGCAAGAAGUCAGUAAAGGAAAUAUCAGAGACCGACUCUGUCAAAAGAUACCUCCAAGGCAGUGACUGCAUAGCUGGAGUCUAUAUAGAAGAGAACAAAUUGAAAAUGAACAUCUACCAAGCCAUGAAGAGGAACCUGCUGAGGGCCGGAACUGCUAUGGUUCUCCUUGAGGCACAAGCUGCCACUGGUUUUAUUAUUGAUCCAGUAAAGAACCAAAAAUUCUAUGUGAAUGAGGCCGUGAAAGCUGGAGUUGUCGGACCAGAGCUGCAUGAAAAGCUGCUGUCUGCUGAAAAAGCUGUCACAGGGUACAAAGACCCUUACUCUGGUAGAACUAUCUCUGUUUUCGAAGCUAUGCAAAAAGGCUUAAUUCUCCAAGACCAUGGUAUACGCCUCUUGGAAGCUCAGAUUGCCACUGGUGGAAUCAUUGACCCUGUUCACAGUCACAGAGUCCCAGUAGAGGUUGCCUAUAAACGAGGUUACUUUGAUGAAGCCAUGAACAAGAUCCUUGCUGAUCCUACUGAUGACACAAAAGGGUUCUUUGAUCCCAACAGUCAUGAGAACUUGACCUACUUGCAACUGAAAGAAAGAUGCAUUAAGGAUCCAGAGACUGGUCUGACCCUACUCCCUUUGAAGAAAAGUCAGAAAACUGCAGAAGUUGAAACUAGUAAAGUGUACAGUGAAGCGGAGACCAAGAAAGUGUUUGAAGAGACAACGGUGGACAUCCCAGCUGGAAGCAUGGCCGGGUCUUCGAUGACCAUUUGGGAGCUUAUACAUUCAGAUCUUCUUCCUCAAGAAGAAAGAGAUCGGUUGAUGGCAGAGUUCCAAGCUGGUAGACUGACCAAGGAGCGCAUGAUUAUCAUCAUCAUUGAGAUCAUUGAGAAAACAGAGAUUAUUCGACAACAAGAGUUGCAUUCUUAUGACUUUGUCCGCCGCCGCAUUACAGCUGAAGAUAUGUACCAGUCUAAACUGAUAACACUGGAAAUGUACAGUAUGCUUAAGCAAGGAACCAAGACUAUUUCAGAAAUUAUCCAAAUUGAGACGGUCUGGAGAUACUUGUAUGGAACUGGGUGUGUUGCUGGUCUACAGAUGCCAGUCUCUAAGGAACCCGUCAGUAUUUACCAGGCAAUGAAGAAGGGAUUUAUUACACCUGAAGUGGCUUAUCAGCUGUUGGAUGCCCAGGCGGCCACCGGCUUUAUUGUCGAUCCAGUGAAGAAUGAAUUGUUGACUGUGGAUGAAGCUGUAAGAAAGGGAGUAGUGGGACCUGAAAUCCAUGACCGUCUUCUGUCUGCUGAAAGAGCUGUAACUGGAUACAGAGAUCCUUACACCGAGCAGAUGAUUUCUAUCUUCCAAGCCAUGAAGAAGGAUUUGAUUCCAUCUGACCAAGCUUUGAGAUUGCUGGAUGCCCAGAUAGCUACAGGGGGUAUCAUCGAUCCCCGCUUUGGAUUCCACAUUCCAAAUGAAACUGCCUAUUCACAUGGCUAUCUCAACAAAGAGACUUUCGAUAGGUUGUCGGAGCCGAGUGAGGUCCGCAGCUACGUGGAUCCUUCCACUGAUGAGAAGCUCAGCUAUUCUCAGCUUUUGAAGAGGUGCCACAGGGACGAAAAGAGCCAUCUCCUUAUCUUGCCACUUGCAGACAAGAGGAAAUUAACAUUCAAAGGUUUAAGGAAGGAGAUCUCCAUGGAAGAACUGAUCAGAUCUAAUAUCAUGGAUGCAGCGACAGCUCAGCAAUUACAGGAUGGCCUAACAUCUAUUGAGGAAGUCUCAAAAAAUCUGGCAAAGUUCCUGGAAGGCACAAGUUGUAUUGCUGGUGUCUAUGUAGAAGCUACAAAGGAAAGGUACUCCAUCUACCAAGCUAUGAAAAAAGGCAUGAUCAGGCCAGGCACAGCAUUCGAGUUACUUGAAGCUCAAGCAGCUACAGGUUACGUCAUUGAUCCUAUCAAGUGUCUGAAACUGGCCGUGGAGGAUGCGGUACGAAUGGGCAUUGUGGGCCCAGAGUUCAAGGAUAAGCUGUUAUCAGCAGAGAGAGCGGUGACUGGCUACAAGGAUCCCUACUCAGGAAAGCUGAUCUCUCUUUUCCAAGCCAUGAAAAAAGGAUUGAUUCUAAAAGACCAUGGCAUUCGUCUGCUGGAAGCUCAGAUUGCCACUGGUGGUAUUAUUGAUCCAGAAGAAAGCCACCGUCUGCCAGUGGAGACUGCAUACAACAGAGGUCUGUUUGAUGAGGAGAUGAAUGAGAUCCUCUCAGAUCCCAGUGACGAUACUAAAGGAUUCUUUGAUCCCAACACAGAGGAAAAUCUAACUUACCUUCAGUUAAUGGAAAGAUGCAUGAUUGAUCCAGCUACCAAUCUCUGUCUGUUACCCUUGAAAGAGAAGAAGAGGGAAAGAAAAACGUCAUCCAAGUCUUCAGUCCGUAAGAGAAGAGUAGUCAUUGUAGAUCCAGAAACUGGGAAAGAAAUGUCUGUGUAUGAAGCUUAUCGCAAAGGACUUAUUGACCACCAGACCUACAUAGAGCUCUCUGAACAGGAGUGCGAGUGGGAAGAGGUCACCAGCUCCUCGUCUGACGGUGUAGUAAAAUCAAUAAUCACAGACAGACGGUCAGGACGACAGUAUGAUAUUGAUGAUGCCAUUGCCAAAGGUCUCAUUGACCAAUCUUCCCUUGACCAGUAUCGCGCUGGGACUUUAUCCAUUACGGAGUUUGCUGACAUGCUCUCCGGUAACAUGAGUGGAUUCCGUUCAAGAUCAUCCUCUGUGGGCUCUUCCUCCUCCUACACUGCCAGCCCUGCAAAACGGGAUCAACUAUCGCCUUGGAGCGAUCCCUCUGAAGAGACCGGCCCGAUUGCUGGUAUAGUAGAUACAGACACAUUAGAAAAAGUCUCGAUCACUGAAGCCAUGCACCGCAACCUUGUAGACAACAUAACUGGUCAAAGACUACUGGAAGCUCAGGCGUGCACUGGAGGCAUCAUUGACCCCAUUACAGGAGAAAAGUUCUCAGUUGCUGAUGCAGUCAACAAAGGUCUAGUGGACAAAAUCAUGGUAGACAGAAUCAACCUGGCUCAGAAGGCAUUCAAUGGCUUUGAAGACCCAAGAACGAAGACAAAGAUGUCCGCAGCCCAAGCAUUGAAAAAAGGCUGGUUAUAUUAUGAAGCUGGACAGCGUUUCUUAGAAGUGCAAUAUCUCACAGGUGGCCUUAUUGAACCUGAAGUCCCUGGACGCGUCACUCUAGAUGAUGCCCUCCGUAAGGGAACCAUUGACUCACGCACAGCUCAAAAACUGCGAGAUGUCAACACUUAUUCCAAAUACCUUACUUGUCCAAAAACCAAGCUGAAGAUUUCCUACAAGGAAGCUAUGGAGAAGAGCAUGGUGGAAGAUGGCACUGGUCUAAGACUUCUUGAAGCUUCUUCGCAAUCAAGCAAAGGUUACUAUAGUCCCUACAAUGCUAGUGGUUCUGGUUCAGCCUCAGGUUCUAGAAGUGGAUCUAGAUCAGGCUCAAGAAGAGGCAGCUUUGACGCCACAGGCAACUCCAGUUUCACAAUGAACUUCUCGUCUUCCUCCUACACCUCAUCCAACUAUGGCCGAAGAUAUGCAAACGUCCCUCAAGAUGCACCUUUUGACGCAGCAGAAUUGGCGAACGCACUGUUAACCCUACGUCUAAGCUGCAGCCAGGAGUCGAGAAGAGGGCUGGACACGCUUGUGGCCCUCGUCCCUGGCCUUGUAUAGAUAAAGCAAUAUGCACCCUAAAUCCAUGGACUUGAAUCCUUGUUCCUGCUCUGCAUGUGGUGAAGCUUUAAUGGACUUUAUUUUAUAAAUAUCUAUAAUUAUAUCUCACUUUAAGCCUCUUUCUAAUCGUACUUCACAGCAGCAGUGCCUGAAAUUUUAACCAAAAGUAGAAAAAUGUAAUGAUUUUAAGCAGCUGAAUGUGGUUCUUUAUGAUAUAAUUUGUAUAUUGAGAGAUGACUACGAGAACACUAUUGCCCGAGUCUGAACCCUCGCUCUAACAGAUGCCAAUGCAGAGCAGCAACCACCCACCGCCAGCAAUGAACACUCAUCCCCCACCCCAAGAUUCGGCAUGCGGACUGGCACUACAAUAAUUGAAGCCUCAAUACCCUGAGAACCUCUUGCCUCCAACUGCUGCCUGUUGUCAUCCAUGAUGACCUACCUCCUGCUCCUUCUCUUGUAUGGACAGAAGCUGCAUCCUUCCUGCACUGAACAGUAGCUACGGCCGCACAGAGAUCCCACUCUCCCAGCUCAUCCUCCUCCUCAUCCCUCCUACCGUCUGCCCUUCAUUCUUGUCUUCCAGAGAUGUCCUGAAGCCCCAGCUGGUUUGAGUCCCACCACCACCGAUUUCGUGGAUUACCCCUCCUGUGAUCCUGGGCUCACCAUUUUCUGGACUCCCCAGCCCAAACUGGAGACCUUGACCCCCACAGAACCGCCUGUGCACCCCAGAAUCCAGAGAAUCUGGAUGUACCAUCUGCCCUGGGAUUCCCCCGGAUAGGGGCCUGACCCUCCCACCAUCUGAUGUUUGAACCUUCUAUCCGGUCUCCGUGGGGCUUCCUGCACGUUGUCCCCCCCCCCCCCCCCCCCCCUCAGACUUUCACUACACCCCGUCUUGUGUCCCCCUUUCUUUCUGUGGAGACCAUAGCACCGGCCAUUCUGUCCACUACAAGCCUGUCGACGUCUGUCCAGUCUGUGCACCAUGGGGUCCAGCAAUCAAGUGCAUGUCCUCACCCUGCCAAGCAGCACCGCCGACAUCGCAGCCAUAGCCUCACUGUGUCUCACCCACAUCCCACCCGCGGCGG